GUAGAAGAAGUUGAGAAAAAGUUGUUCCUGAGCUUUUAAGGCAACGUUUAUAUUGAAAACGGUGGGAGAUAUAUCCCAAUAAGCCCAAGCUCCCGUCAUUCGCUUUCAUGCAACGACUGCUCCAUUGGGAUCCGGUAGCAUGUCUUCCGCACCCACCUGUCAUUAGAUCGAUGGAAGCGGCUAACUUUUAUUACGACGCAGCUCCUACCGCUGCUGACUGCCUGACCUUAGGGGGGAAGGUACAUCGGCGGGGCCGAGGUUGCUUCGGAGGUUCCAUGAACGAGCAGAGCAUUGGGGAGCACGAGAGAGCAAUCGACUUCAGCCCGUACCUGGAGCCUCCGGCAGGGGGAGCCAACGGCAGCUACGAGCCGCCCUGCGGGGACUUUCUAUGCGACUUGCUAUCGGCUGACGAUUACAAAGGGACCCGCAAGGCGGCGCUGGAGUACAGCAACCUAGGCCGGCAGCAGACUCAGAACAAACCGCACGCAGGACUCCUAGGGUACCCGCAGCUGGUGGAAACCAAAGUGGAGCCGGUUUUCGAGUCCUUGGAUACUUAUAAAGGCAAGGAGGAAGCCGGUAUGCAACCCGCAAUGAGAUCUUACCUGGGCUUCCAGUCCGUACCGAGUGGCAGUAGCGGUAACCUGUCCAGCUCGUCUUCUUCCAGUCCGCCUGGUACCCCUAACCCGUCAGAGACCAGAGGAGGUUCAGGCAGCUACAGCAGGGCUAGUAGCAAGGGCAAAAAAAACCUGGAUAAGGAGAGCGAUGAAUACAAAAUCCGCCGGGAACGGAAUAACAUUGCCGUGAGGAAGAGCCGGGACAAGGCCAAGAUCCGCAACAUGGAAACACAGCACAAAGUGCUCGAACUGACAGCCGAGAACGAGCGGCUGCAGAAGAAGGUGGAGCAGCUGAGUCGCGAGUUGACGACCCUUAGGAACUUGUUCAAGCAGUUACCAGAGCCCAUGUUGGCAGCCGCGGGGCGCUGCUAGCUGGACUUGAUCCCCAGCUUGGGAAAAUGGGACUAUGCCAAUGCUGGGGGUGAGAGGGACUGGACCACAUGGGGGUAUUUAUACCACUAUUAGUGACUACUUCAUACAAACACCAAUCUGUAUCUUGGGGUUGGUGGCACAAUGACAAAGCAAUUUGUGACAUUGCAGUCGUGCACAGAGGAUCUUCAAAUAGGAUAAUGGUACCAAUUGCACAGUGUCCUACAAGAGAAUAAGGGCUCAUCCCCAGGAUGGUCUGCAUCAUUCAUGAUGAUGGUCUUAUAUGGCUGUAUAGACUUAAUAUUGUACUCUUUUUGCAGACUUGAGUACUAUGGUAAUAGGAUUGUAUCCUGUGGCACUUAACACUUAAUCUAAACGCUUUGCAUUAAUUGUUAUACCAGUGUAUCCAUAUCUGUGGUCCAUGAAAUUGUUUUUAUAUUUGUUGUAUGACUUUAUAUUAUAGAAAAAAAUUCCCCUUUAAAAUAUUUUCUUAACAAAAAAUAGUCACCAUGACUGUGAGCAAGAAAGCGUCAACUAUAGACCUACAAUCGUGGAUAACUGUUUUUGUGGUUUGGGGAUGAAUUGUGUGACUCUAACUGUAAGGAGUGGUUUAGAGACUGUUUCACAUUAGUUUUUUUUCCCCUCAACUUUUUAGACUAACAAUUCCAUGCUGAAACAUUUAUGUAGGGUUAAUAAUAGAACAGUAUCAAAAUGUAUACACAAUGUGAUAUUCAGUUGUCUGUGGCAGUGAUUUUGGUGGUGCACAGUUCUAAAUAUGGAUGGAACAAUGUGCAUAUAGUGAAAAACUAUAUGCAGCAGUUAUUUGAGAUUUGUGAAAUUGUCACUUUGCACCUACCCACUAUAAAUAUGUAUACAUCAUAAGUCAUGACCCACAGAGGCAGUUUUUAUUUAGGGGCAAGCUACGUUUUUUAGAUAUUGCUUAUGAACACUGAAUACUCACAUUGUGUAGCAUUGCUAUUUUUAAGUUGUAACUAUAACUUAUAUACUGUUUUAAUGGCAUUUUUGGGGUAUAUAUUCCACUAUAAGAAUAGUGGGUGUUUUAAAUGUUGUCUCUUGAAAGAUACCUACUGUUUAGUGUAAAACAUUUGAACUGGUUUGAGAAAGCUUGAUAAGAAGAUGCACAAUUGUAUCCUACAACCUAUAUAUGGCCCAUUUGAUACUAUAGACAAUGUUUGAUAUCCUUGGAAAUUUCAGUCUUCUGUAAUUGAGAAAUAUAAUGCAAGCUAAGUCAUUGAAACCUUCUGGUACAUUGUGCAGUACUUGUAAAGGUCAAUCAGCAAUGAUAUCCAAAUAAUUCAAAUGAUCAUCACACAGACCUAUUAGCUAAGGAUCUACUUUAAUUAGUGUAUUGCACAUACUGGUAUGCUUUGCUUUCAUUUAAAACUCCUAGUUUAGCAUAUACCAAAGACUGGCACUUCCUAUAGUUAGAAACAACACACAGUAUGCUGAUCUUACUGAGGAUUUUGGCAAUUUGAGGGAAGACGUGUAGCUGUGAAUGACUUUGCACAUUUUGUAUUUAAAGUGAUGAGUAAUUUAUAAGACCAAAAUGGAAAUAAUUGUGCAAGAAUGUUAAUAUAAAGUAUAUUCCUGCAGGGUUUAUAUAGCCACUGCUUGCACACUGUGUAAAUACAGAGGUUAUUGCAAUAUUAUUUUACAAAUGCAUCCCUUCUUGCCACACCAUAUUAAUAGCAGGAGGAUCUGCCUUAUUGAUAUGCUUCAGUGAACAUAAAAGCACAAUAUCUACCUCCUCGCUGAACAUGGAAUGCAUGAAUGUUUAUUGCUAAUGCUAACCAAUAACUGUCAGUGUUGGUAAACUUGCACCCUUUGUGCACUAGAAAAGAGGACCCUUUCCCUCCCACUUUGUUUCUAACAUUCAGGUUUAAGUGUUAUUGUAAUAAUAGAACACUUUUCUAUAUGGUGAUGCAAUACUUUAAAAAUGGCUGGAACAGAAAUGUACACACAUGAUGCAACUGUGUGCAACUCAGCCAUGGACUGUGUAAUCUGUUAAAGAUGUCUUUUGUUCUUUUUUUUUAUGAUAAAGAAAAUUUAUUUCUAUAUAAAAAUGACAUUUGUAUAUUUGGAAUAUAUGAAUUGCAGCAUUAAUGAACAAUUUUAGUAAUAAACUUUUCUUCUUGGAAAAAGGAGAAAAAGUCCUAGUUUGA